AUGCCAUCGAGCUCUGCUCAUUCAAGCCUUGCAUCAUGCACUGGUCCACCGCGCUGGUCUCUCUCGCUGGUCUCUGCCCUCGUCGGGCGAGCCCUUGCCACCACACCAGGUGUCUCGCCGGCCUCAGUUAGCCGGUCCCAGAAUCCUGGCACGUCGUUCAACAUCCAAAAGACCAUCAACACUCCAGAGAUCCCUCCAACACCGGAUAUUGUGCUCCUGGUGGAUAAGACUGGUAGUAUGGGUGGUGCCAUUGCCGACAUCAGAACGAACCUGAAGAAUGUCAUCAGCUCGAUCACCAGCUCCCAGCCGACCGCCGAGUUCGCCGUGGUCGAAUUCGGCGACGAUCGGGGCGCAAGCUCUGUCCAGUUCUGGGUGGACAUUGGGUUGAGUUCAGAUGUCACUGCCCUUCAGAACGCGGUCAACGGCCUGACGGCCGGUGGUUUCGGGGACACUCCGGAGGAUUGGAUAAAUGCGCUCUACCAGAUCGCCAGUGGCGAUAUCAGCUUCCGCAGCGGCAGCAGCCGGGUCGUGGUCCGGGUUGGUGAUGCGCCUAGCCACGACCCCAGCGGCGGACACACCCUCAACGACGCUAUUAGCGCCCUGAAGGCCGCAAACAUCCGUGUCAUCGCUGUCGAUGUUGGCUAUAACUACCCCCCUUCACCAGGCAAAGGAGCUAUCGAUACCAAUGGCCAGGCCUCCUCCGUGACCAGCGCCACCGGGGGUUCACUCCUUCCUGUAGGCAGCGGCGCCUCGGGUGUCACAGACGCAAUCACUAACGGUCUCUAUGACUUCCCUGUUGAUAUCACCACCUCUAUCACCUGCGGCGCAAGCUUGAGUCUGUCGUUUAGCCCCACGAACUCUACAGUGCAGAGUGGCACUGCCGCCAUCUUCACCGAGACGGUGAACGUGGCCAGCAAUGCAGCGAAAGGCGCCACGAUAAGCUGCUCCGCCCCCGGUGCGACACCCAAGGCCGUGCCAGGCGAGGGUGCGGUCACCUGGCAGAUCAGGGUCAAGGGAUGUGCCCAGCUCAUUACCACGGACGACGCUGGUAACAAUGCGACACCAAUCAAUUGCUGCGCCCGGCCAUAA